CGCGGUCCAGCAAUCUCAUACUACUCCUAAAUUAGAAUUGUCGGUGACGUUUCUCAGUAACGAGAGAGAGAGAGAGAGAGAGAGAGAGAGAUUAAGAGGUAUAUCUAUAAAUUUAUAUUUAGAGAGAGAGAGGAAAAAGCUGAACGCCAUGAUUAUUGACCGAGUUUGCGAGGCCUUUUCGGGGUUUGUGGACACUGACGCGGACGUCAUGACGAGUCCGGUGAACCUGUGGUCGUUUUACGGGUGCUCUUCUCCCGGAACACAACCUGAACACUUGUCUCCGUGGAAACCGAGCAGAGAGUGUGAGGACAGCGGAAGUACCGCGGGGAGUCCUCAGCGCCCUGACAGCAGCUUCACCAGCGUCUACGUUGAAGCUCAGGAUGGUUCACGGCAGCUGAGUCCACGGUACCAGGGUGUGCGCGUGAAAAACACAGUAAAAGAGCUCAUUAUGCAGAGACGGCACAGUGACGUACAGGUGCAACCAAAUACAAAUGAUCUUGAAUUCCCAGUCAUAACUACUUUGCUUCAGAGUGGAAAAAGGGCAGCUGAGAGUGCCCCACCUUACUGCGUCAAUAAAAGACCGGCCACAGAACACAACAAUGUCCUGUCUCCAUAUCUUACAAAUGAGAACAUCCUGACAGCGCAAAACAUCUGUGAGGGACUUGGUGACAUCUUCAGCAACACUGAGCUGUCUAUCGAGUCGGUGAAGGUGCAGGGCAGUCCAAUAUCAAUCUGCCACCCACCUCAAGAAACACAAGAAGCACUACCUACCCUCUACUCUACCACAUCUAGCCCACUUUAUAACAGCUGCCAGCCUCCUCAGGUUACAGAGAGCCCAUACACGUCUCCAUUCCAGAGCCUGAGCCCACAGCAUGGAUUUGGGCCCAGUGGGACUACAGCUCCUCAGAUUUCCUUUUUCCAGUGGCAGAUCCAGCAAGAGGAGGAGAAAUUGGCCGGUUUGAGCCCACUGGAUCUCAUCUCUAAGGACGGAGAUGGAGAUACGUUCCUCCACAUUGCAGUGGCCCAGGGGAGACGAGCCUUGGCAUAUGUGCUUGCCAGGAAAAUGUGUGAAAUUGGCAUGCUUGAUGUCAAAGAGCAUAACAACCAGAGUGCAUUCCAAGUAAGCGUGGCAGCCAACCAACAUCUCAUUGCACAAGACCUCCUUUCAAUGGGAGCCUUAGUAAACACUACAGACUCCUGGGGGCGCUCCCCCCUUCAUGUGUGUGCUGAAAAGGGACACACUCUGAUUCUACAGGCCAUCCAAAAAGCUAUGCAGAAUAAUGGCUUGAAGGUGAACAUCGAGGCAGUUAACUAUGAUGGUCUUACUGCUCUUCACAUGGCUGUGCUGACCCACAAUGCAGUGGUGCAGGAGCUGAGUCAUGUGGUGGCACCUCAGUCUCCCCAAAACGCAGCUCUGAUGCAGAAGAGGAAGCUGCUUGGCGAAUGCAUCAACACUCUCCUGCUUAUGGGUGCCUCUUAUGGUUCAAAGGAUCGCAAAAGUGGACGCACGGUCCUGCACAUGGCUGCCGAGGAGGCCAACGUUGAGCUUUUGCGUCUUUUCCUGGACCAGCCGGACUCUCUUUCUGUGAUCAAUGCCAAGGCAUAUAAUGGCAACACAGCACUGCACAUGGCUGCUGCGCAAAAUGGCCGUCAAGCGCAGGCAGACGCUGUACAGCUGAUGAUGAGGAGAGGAGCUGAUCCAAGCAUCAAGAACCUGGAGAACGAGCAGCCCAUUCAGCUAGUGCCUGAGGGGCCUGUCGGAGAUCAGGUGAGAAGGGUCCUGAAAGGCCGUGGCCCGCAGGUUCGCUCCUGCUUGCUGUAGUAAGACCGAUCUCACCCGAUCUCCGUCCUUCAGAAACACUGUCAGUCAGGCAGUCCGAUCUGUGUACAGUCUCAUUUGCCGGUAUAAGGCAGAUGUCAGUUGUUUCUAUGAAACAAAGUUAACAUUGUUCACUACUGUGUAGUAGAAAAGAAAGGGAAGUUGAGCCCAGAGAACAUGGUACAAGAUUUACAAGGGCGGAGGGGAGGGGAAUGAAGUUUAAAAUUAACUUUCCAUCUGUGACAACUCUGGGCUCUGGCAAGUAAAGGUUUGUUUUUCAUUAUAUUGUUAAUUCUAAUAUGUUGUGAUAUAUAUAAUGUAUGUAUGUCAGCAUGUGUACUGGUGUUUGGGUCUUGUAUUCUUUUUUUGUUUUAUUUAAUCCAUUUUCCAAGAGAAUGUUGGUGACAAACUAUGCAUAGAAAUAGAAAGUUCAUGGUUGUCCGUGUCAUUAACCAUUGUCUAGUCAUCAGACUUCAGCUCUGUAUCAGCAUCCUCAUUUUUCGAAUGUUCUUUUGAUCCUGAAAGAUAGCAUAAGCUAAAAUACUUUUCAGCAUGUAACGUUGAAAUCGUGAGCAGCUUGGAAUAGAUCCAGAUUUGCAGGUGCCUGUUUAAACACAGCUAUUUUAUUUUUGUGUGUAAAGUGCAUGAAUAAUGUUCAGUACAUAACACUCAAGGCAUUUAUGAUCACCUUAUCUAUGCCAUAUUUCUGGUUGACUUAUCGUAUGAUUUUUGUGAUCUUUGGUAUGCCAACACUUUAAAUAUAUCACGAGUGUUAAGGAUUACAUUUGUAAGGAUUAGGUUUUUGGUUUGUAUAAACAACCUAAACAUCUUGAUUACACUGGUGAUGGGGUUGCAAAGUAUGUCUAAUAGACAAAGGGUUUUCCUCUAUGUAUAAGUCAUGUUGGUGAAAAGAAUCAUGAAUAAAGAACUAAUUAUAUAAA